AUGAGGACGUUGCAGAGGAUUGGGGGCUUGCCUCCUCUUCGGGCUGCAGCUGCCAUGGUUCUGGCGUUGGGCUACCUUGCCCACUCAGUAUCAGCGGCUUACUUCUACGUGCAGGAAUCUCAGGACAAAUGCUUUAUUGAAAGCGUCCCAACUGGAGUGGCACUUACGGCUUCGUAUAAGAACCACGAAAAUCCAGGUGUGACCUGCAGUAUCAUAUUCAAGGACCCGAGCGGUCGCAGCGUGUACAGCCGAGAAGUACUACCAGCAGACGCAGAGGGAAAGGUCACCCACAUGACGACCACGACUGGCGAGUACCAAGUUUGCAUUUCUUGCGCCUCUUCGAAGUGGUUUAACACCCAGCUGCUCAAGUGGUCUCUUUCCAUUGAGCUAGGCGACACAGACAUCAACAUCGACGACCUAGCUAAAAAGGAGCAUGUCAACAGUGUUCACCUGAAGCUGCAAGCGAUUGCCCGCCGAUUGGAAGCUAUGCAGGCGGAAAACGACUAUGAGCGCGUCCAGGAAGAAAGAUUCCAACGAACGAGCGAAGCAAUCAACAGUCGAGUUGUAUGGUUUUCGGUUUUGCAACUUCUGCUGCUUUGGCUUUUUCCGAAGUACCUGGUGGACUGGUUCAGCAUAGGUGUUUAUUGGAAGUGGUUGGCGGUUGACCCAAGCAUAGUUGGAGCGGCUACAGCGCUCGUUACGGCUUAG